AUUUGAUAGUUACUUGUUUUUAUAGCUCUACCCAUUCAAAAUAUCAGUAUAUUCCUGAACAUCAAAGCGGAACAAACAGUUCGUGUGUGUGCUCAAAAACAAACAAAACGAUGUUUUUAGUGCGCAGACCGACACAUCCUCUGAAAUUUCGGUCAAAAAUCCAAUUGGUGAGGUCCAUUAUUUGCCCCGAGCCAUCGAUUCGGGUGUUGGACGAUGAGCAGGAGUAUGUGAGGGCCGGGCAGGCGAUUCUCACCAAAGGACAGACACCACCGUCGCCGCCGUUACCGCCGCAGUCGCCACCACCGCCCAUGGCACCGUCAACUGAAGUCCCCGUUACGGUGGCAACAGCAGCGGCCGGAGGCGAUAAAAAGCCACCACCCAAGGGGCCAGCUCCACCGAAGGAGCCCCCAAAGCCGCCACCAGCCGUGGCAGAGAAGAAGGAGGCCGGACCACCGGCACCGCCCAAGCCCAAAGAGAAGCGUAUCAAGAACUUUGAGAUCUACCGCUGGCAGCCCGGGGAGCAGCCCAAGAUGCAGACGUACGCCAUCGAUUUGUCGCAGUGCGGCGCCAUGGUGCUGGAUGCUUUGAUCAAGAUCAAGAACGAGGUCGACCAGACGUUGACCUUCCGCCGAUCCUGCCGUGAGGGCAUCUGUGGCUCGUGCGCCAUGAACAUCGAUGGCACAAACACCCUGGCCUGUGUCACGCCAAUUGACCAGAGCACGAGUGGAUCGUGCCGGAUCUAUCCGCUGCCGCAUCUGUAUGUGGUGCGCGAUCUGGUGCCGGACCUGACUCAGUUCUACGACCAGUACCGCUCCAUCCAGCCCUGGCUGCAGCGCAAUAACAUCCAGAACGAGAUGGGCAAGGCGCAGUAUCUGCAGUCCCUGGAGGACCGCAACAAACUGGAUGGCCUGUACGAGUGCAUCCUGUGCGCCUGCUGCCAGACCUCGUGCCCAUCCUAUUGGUGGAAUAGUGACAAGUAUCUGGGGCCGGCCGUCCUCAUGCAGGCCUUUCGCUGGGUCAUCGAUUCCCGUGACGAGGCCACCGAUCAGCGGCUGUGCUUCCUGCAGGACCCCUGGAAGCUCUAUCGCUGCCACACCAUCCUCAACUGCACCAACACCUGUCCGAAGAACCUCAAUCCGGCCAGAGCCAUCAUUCAGUUGAAGCAGUUGCUGUCGGGGGCCAAAAAGAAGAACAAGCCGGAGCUACAGACCGAUGCUCUAUUCGCCGGCAAGUAAUUGGUUACACUGUUAACGAUGUCCUACACUUAUUACUGAUUCCUUACAACACUUAGUCGUGAGCGAUUUCCAACACUGUUUAUGAAUGCUUACAACACUCAAUACUCACAGUACACCACACUGGCCACGGGCCAUGAACAUGGCCAUGGGUUUGACGUUAUGCCGAUACUCUUUAUUGAAAGACCGAAACACUAUCAUUUCGAUAUACAAACUAAACUAAAACGGAGCAUUUUGCAUCACAUUAAAUGACGAAAUCCCAAAGAACUUAACGAGGUACAGUUCUAGCUUGACAUUUUGUAUGAGUGUGACAACACUCUUUACUGAAUGAUAAGACACUUAAUACUCACGAUACUCAACAGAAAGAAUUUAACGUUAUGCCGAAAUCAAUUAUGAAUGUUAACAAAAGAAAUUUAACGUUAUGCCGAAAUCGAUUACUGAAACCCCGAAAUACUUUAUCAUCACGAUAUCCAACACUGUUUAAGAAUGCCUACAAUCUCAACAAUGGCCUAAAGCACGAUGUACAAUACUCUUUCUGAAUGACAACAGAAAGAAUAUAACGUUAUGCCGAAAUCGAUUACUGAAACCCCGAAAUACUUUAUCAUCACGAUAUCCAACACUGUUUAAGAAUGCCUACAAUCUCAACAAUGGCCUAAAGCACGAUGUACAAUACUCUUUCUGAAUGACAACAGAAAGAAUAUAACGUUAUGCCGAAAUCAAUUACUGAAACCCCGAAAUACUUUAUCAUCACGAUAUCCAACACUGUUUAGGAAUGCCUAAAACAUUUAAUUAAAACGAUAUCCAACACUGUUUAGGAAUGCCUACAAGCUCAACAAUGGCUUACAGCUUUUAUACAACACAGAUAAUUGUAACACAGAUAAUAUCUUACACUAAGUCUUACACUAGUAGUCAAAAUCAAUUGUAUUAAAGGCAUCGUUAACAGCUUAAAUGAAAAUGAUAACCAAUGGUACUUCAAAUAUUAAAGAUUAUAAUGAAAAU